GGUGCUACAUGUAUUGCCGAGACAAUGAAAGUCCACAAGACGCUAACCAAUUUGAAUUUGUGUAACAAUCGUAUAAGUGAUGCCGGUGCUACAUCUAUUGCAGAGGCAAUCAAAGUCAACAAGACGCUAACAUGUUUGGGUUUGUCUGAAAAUGUCAUAAGUUAUGCCGCUGCUACAUCCAUCACAAAGGCAAUCAAAGUCAACAAGACGCUAACCGUUUUGGAUUUUUCCUCCAAUGGUAUUAGUGAUGCUGGUGCUUCAUCUAUUGCUGAGGGAAUCAAAGUCAACAAGAAGCUAACCUAUUUGAAUUUGUCUGCCAAUGGUCUAAGUAAUACCGGUGCUUCAUCUAUUGCUGAGGCAAUCAAAGUCAACAAGAAGCUAACCGAUUUGGAUUUGUCCUUCAAUGGUAUUAGUGAUGCAGGUGCUACAUCUAUUGCUGAGGCAAUCAAAGUCAACAAGACGCUAACCGAUUUGAAUUUGUCUCGUAAUCGUAUUAGUGAUGCGGGUGCUACAUCUUUUGCUGAGGCAAUCAAAGUCAACAAGAUGCUAACCGACUUGGAUUUGUCCUCCAAUGCUAUUAGUGAUGCCGGUGCUACAUGUAUUGCAGAGGCAAUCAAAGUCAACAAGACGCUAAUCAAUUUUAAUUUGUCUCACAAUGGUAUUAGUGAUGCCGGUGCUUCAUCUAUUGCUGAGGCAAACGAAGUUAACAAGACGCUAACCAAUUUGAAUUUGUCUUUUAAUCGUAUUAAUAAUGUCAGUCCUACAUCUAUUGUUGAAGCAAUGAAAGUCAAGAAGACGCUAACCGAAUGGGAUUUCUCUGAUAAUCGUAUCAGUGAUGCUGAUGCUACAUCUAUUGCUAACGCAAUCAGAGUCAACAAGACGCUAACUAAUUUGAAUUUGUCUUCCAAUGCUAUUAGUGAUGCAGGUGCUACGUCUAUUGCUGAGGCAAUCAAAGUCAACAAGACGAUAACCAAUUUGAAUUUGGAGCACAAUCGUAUUAGUGAUGCCGGUGCUACAUCGAUCGCUGAGGCAAUCCAACUCAACGAGACACUAUUUGAUCUAGAUCUCUCUGACAAUCUUGUUAGUGAUGCCGGUGCCACAUCGAUCGCUAACGCAAUCAGAGUCAACAAGACGCUAACCAAUUUAUAUUUUUCUAACAAUCCUAUUAGUGAUGCAAGUGCUACAUCUAUUGCUGAGUCAGUUAGAGUCAACAAGACGUUAACCGAUUUGGAUUUGUCUUUUAAUGCUAUAAGUGUUGCCGGUGCUACAUCUAUUGCUGAGGCAAUCAAAGUCAACAAGACGCUAACCGAUUUGGUUUUGUCUGAGAAUUGUAUUAGUGAUGCCGGUGCUACAUCUAUUGCUGAGGCAAUGAAAAUGAACAAGACGCUAACCAAUUUUUGUUUGUAUCGCAAUGAUAUUAGUGACGCUGGUGCCACAUCUCUUGCUGAGGCAAUCAAAGUGAACAAGACGCUAACCAAUUUGGAUUUGUUUAGGAAUGGUAUUAGUGAUGCCGGUGCUAUAUCUAUUGCAGAGACAAUCAAAGUCAACAAGACGCUAACCAAUUUGAAUUUGUCUGAAAAUGGUAUUAUUGAUGCUGGUGCUACAUCUAUUACUGAGGAAAUCCAAGUUAACAAGACGCUAAACAAUUUGGAUUUGUCUUCUAAUGGUAUUAAUGAUGCCGGUGCGUCAUCUAUUGCUGAGCCAAUCAAAGUUAACAAGACGCUUACCAAUUUGAAUUUGUCUUCUAACUGUAUGAGUGAUACUGGUGCUAAAUCUAUUGCUGAGGCAAUGAAAGUCAACAAGACGCUAACCAAUUUGGAUUUGUCUGAAAAUGGUAUUAUUAAUGCCGGUGCUAUUUUUUUUGCUGAGGCAAUCAAAGUGAAAUUAGUUUAAAUAUAAAGUUGGUGAAGCUGAGGAGUUUUAUCUAAUUUUACUUAGUUGCACUUGACUUAGGUUACAUUUAAGUUAUGAUAGCUACCUUUGUGAUGUUUUCUUCAUUUAAGGUAAUGCUUAUGCCUCUGAGGUAUUUACCUCGGAAGAAAAGAUGAAGUGUAACACGCCAUUGUUUUUAGAGUUUUGUCAUUAAAGGAAUAUCAUAGCUGUGUAUCA